AGACAUGUGGCCCAGUUAAAGCACGCUGCUGUUCAUGUGGAGAGGAGUUGUUUGCGAAGGCCGGCGUUUAAUAAGUGAAGGAGCUUCACAGGCGUCUCCUUCCACAGAAGAGCUGGAAUCCCUGCUGAAGGUUUGCACUGAAGUGAGGAGCACUCUGACCCAGCGCUCACUCUUUCUCACUCUCCAGGAAUCACCCGGCUUCAUCCACAGAUCAUAGUGAUCAUGCAUGCUGACUGCUCCUACCUCUUCCUGGCUGUCCUCCUGUGGGCGACUCCAUGCUGUAGAGCAGCCGUAUCUCCCUCCAGCAGCGCUGAGCUCACGUUCCUCAGCUCCUCAGCAGGUCUGGAGCUGGAGAACGGGCUGAGGAACAGCAGCCGAGCCGCCGGCAGCCGGAGGAAGCGCUACGUUUCCUCCAGAGACAUGACGGCACUGCUGGAGUACCACAACCGGGUCCGCUCCCAGGUCUUCCCACCCGCAGCCAACAUGGAGUACAUGGUGUGGGACGAGAGGCUUGCUAAAUCUGCUGAGUCGUGGGCCUCUCAGUGUAUAUGGGACCACGGGCCUUCCCACGUAAUGAAAUAUAUGGGCCAGAACCUGUCCAUCAGCUCUGGAAGGUACAGGUCAGUUAUUGAGCUGGUGAGGUCGUGGCACGAUGAGAAAAACUCCUUCUCCUAUCCCAACAGAUGCACUGGCUCCGUCUGUUCCCACUACACUCAGAUGGUGUGGGCGAGCACCAAUAGGAUUGGGUGUGCCAUCAACAGGUGUUCAAACAUGUACGUGUUCGGGAGCACAUGGAAACAGGCCACCUUGCUGGUCUGCAACUACUCCAUCAAGGGGAACUGGGUGGGAGAAGCUCCGUAUAAAACAGGAAAGCCAUGCUCCGCCUGCCCUUCGGUUUACGGAGGAUCGUGCAACAAGAACCAGUGCUCCACAUCAAAACGCAGGAGAAACUGGUUUUAGUAUCAGAACUAGGACUGAAUUCUGACUUUAAAGCACAUUUAUGGCGUCACAUUAAUGCUAAAAGUCGGGAGGCGCAAAAAUACCAAGUGAAAAAACACAACAACUGUAAGAGUGUAUUGACAGUACACAGCAGAAUCAGCCAGCAGACUUCUUCUGAAGGAGGAAUCUUUACCUACAGCCCAUGAGGAUAACUGUGAAGUUUAUUUAGAUUCCGACUCAUUCAGUGUGCUGUGGUAUCCCAGUACCAAUCGUCCUGAAAUAAAUACAGGACUCUUGCUAUUGUCUUGAAAAGACCAUAUAGCAGUGUUUCUGGAAUUUCCAGAAGCAUCUUAAUAACUAUAGCAUCAAACAUAAUUAUAAUUAAAUUUAAUCUCUUUUUAAAUGCUUUUGCAUUUCAAUUGGCUCUCGAUCCACCAUUUCUAUCAUUUUGGAUGAGAACCUCAGACAGUACACAACAGGAUCAGCCAGCAGACUUCUUCUGAAGGAGGGAUCUUUACCUACUGUCUGCGAGGACAAUUGUGAAUUCCACCUCGUUCAGUGUGCUGUGGUAUCCCAGUUUCUAUUAUCCUUAAAUGAAUACAGGGCUCUUAUAAUGUAAAGACCAUAUAGCAGUUUUUCUGCAAUUUCUAGAAGCAUCUUAUAUAACUAUAGCAUCAAGCGUAAUUAUAAUUAAAUGGGACCGUAAUGCACUUCUUAAAUGCUUAAAUCACUUUUUAAAUGCUUUUUUAUUUCCAAUUUGGUCUCGAUCCACCAUUUUUGUCAUUUUGGUUCAGAAUCUUAGACAAUACACAGCAGGAUCAGUCAGCAGACUUCUUCUGAAGGAGGGAUCUUUACCUACUGUCUGUUGAAAGUCAGUUGAGCAGAUGAGGAUGAGGCACUUUUAGAGGAAAAAAACCACCAAAGAAGAAAAAAAAAGGAAGCUUGAGAGAAAUAUUUUUUUCAUUUCGCCCGUAAGAAGUAAAUUUACACACUCAAAUGUCUUUUUUCACCUGUUUUUUUACACCUCAGGCUUUUGACAUUGAUGUGGCGCCAUACACAUUCUCGAUGUAGUACCACUAUAUCCUCAGCUAGUUAGUCUGUGUACAAUAAUGUGUUGUCCUUUCCCUUUUCUACUUCUAUUUAAAACCUUUUUAAUACAUUCUGAAACCGAUAAACUGGUGCUUUUUUGUCCUGCUGCCUGUAAAAAUGGACACACCAUCAUUCCUCAGUACCAUCUGUUUCUGGUCCAGUCUGAGUCUAAAGCAGUCAGUCUUCCUGCUCUUUAUUGUUUCUUGUCCUUUCCCUGCACUGUUUGCACUGUUUUGUAUGUUUGCCGUAAGAGUGGCGUUGCGGUGAGGUUUGUGUUGAGAGUUAAGCACUUUUAUGGUUUGUGUACACCCAAUAAAGUUUCUUUCUUUAGA